AUGUUGUUGCUGUUUGCCUUAGUUCUUUCAAUACACGCGUGGUGCGAUCACCGAGACGUUAUCGGAAAAGAUCUCAUCGACGGCACACUUGCUGGCUGCCUUGCUGGAAAGCACACUUACGCUGCUGCUGUUGCGUUUACUGAUGACGGAAAGUUCAACUUGAACGUCAUGAAGAACAGUGCUUAUCUCAGAGGUGCUGGGUUCAGAGAAAAGGGCAUCGACUUCAUCUUCAGACCAUGCGUCUCUUGUGGUGACACUGCCGGACAGCUCUCUGGAUACCACGUCAAUUCUGUUCAAUUCAGCCACAACGGUGUUAUUGUUGAAAUUAGAGUUGGCCAAUGGUCAUCGAACAAACAAACCAACAUUGCUGAGAUGGAGUCAUUGAUGAAGGCUGCUCUUAAAGUCAACAACGACAAAGAGCCGGUCAUGAUAUUGACUUCGAAAGAAGACUGGGAAGCUAUUUUCGGAGCUGAUUACGUUUCUGACAUUGCAAGAGCAUUCCCACUUAUAUAUGUUGGAGAUACUAAUGACAAUAUGGACGACUUCGUUGCUUUCGGAAGUUGGACUAAGGCCACCGAAAAGAUGAAAGGUGGAAAGGUCUUGUUGUGCAACACUUCUCUUCUCCAAACCGUGAGAUGCUGA